AUCAUCAUCUUGUGCAAAGACAAAAGCACAGGCCCACAUGGUCUCUGGCAGCAGCCUGGGAAGUAUCUUUCAUCUUUGAGAAACCUUGACUCAGAUAAAAUUAUGUCCUUGGUUUUGAUGGAGAGACGAAUUUCAGGAUGAGCCAGUAUAAACGAGAGGUGGUGUUUACUAAAAGACAUGUUUUUGUAACGUCAAUUUUAAAAGGCAGAUCAUGAACGAGUGAAAUUGAAACACACCUCAAAGGUCUGGUAUGGCUGGUAAAGUGUGUGGCAUAUCUCAUUGAGAGCUUUUGAAGCUUUUUACUGUUUUUAAGGAUCUAUUUCCUCCUAUUUUAUUUCUUCUUUUCCACAAUUGAGUUUAUAGACUCUGGAACUACCAUGAAUGGGAUUAUAACCCAACAAGACAAAAACAGAGUUUGAUAAGGUAAAACUGGAAUUGCCCAACAUGGUCAGGACUUAGCCUUUUCUAAACACAAGGAUGAUUCUAGUGAGACUACUAGAAGAUGGCAGAGUGACAUCUGGGUAGGCAGAAAUGUCUUAAAUAAAUAUAAAUUGUGCUAGAGUUUUUUGUUUGUUUGUUUUUUGGUUUUGGUUUUUUGAGACAGGGUUUCUCUGUGUAGCCCUGGCUGUCCUGGAACUCACUCUGUGGACCAAGCUGGCCUCAAACUCAGAAAUCCGCCUGCCUCUGCCUCCUGAGUUCUGGGAUUAAAGGCUUACGCCACCAUGCCCGACUGUGCUAGAGUUCUUGUUUCCAAGCUGGAGAGAGAAAGACCUCAACUAGACUCUGGGGUUGAACCGAACUGGCGAUGCACUGUCUGGAUUGGAUGCAUGUCUUCGUCAUUCUGGAUCCACAUCCUUCAAAUGUUGCCCACCGUGUGAUAGAGAGAAACACACCAAGGAAUUUCUGGUGGUAUUCCACUUCCAAGGAUCCUCGAGGUUUCUGCUGGAUGGAGCCACUGCUGCUGACUUUGGUGUUUGCUAUUGGACUGGACUGCUGAUAUCCUGACAACAAAGAUUGGAACUACCCCUAAAAACUACUUCUAAGACUGAAAGGUAUGAAGAUCUGUGGCAAGAGGCAUGUCAGAGAAUAAGCCGAAGAAUUCUGUUAUUUUAUAGCAUUAGAUCUUCUUUCCUGUCAAAUCUGUCACUUGUGCCCUGACUCUGGCUGGGAUGAAGAGAACAAGAUGGAAAUAAAGAUAUGGAAUGCAGUGUACACUAUGUGUUUCUGCACUAACUUCCUGAAUGACUUCCUGGAUUGUGUUGCUGGAGAUGGCUCUCUGUGGACUCCUGUAUCAAUGUUUCCCUGGCAUGGGGGCAGAGCAGUCUCAGUGGUAUGUUUCUAGCUGCUGUCCCAGCCUAAAGGAUUUAAUUAUGCGUGAAGAGUUGAAACUGGAUUAUUUCUUGUUUCUUGAAUGUUGUAUGUUCCAGGCUUUGAGCCUUAGCCUACCUGAAACUCUUUCUUGCUAUCUACAGACAACCUUAUGUUUCUGGGGUCAUCUCAAAUGCUGUUCUUUCUAUAAAAUAUUUGUCCUAGAAGUGAUCCUUAGUUGAUUUUCUUACAUCACUAGCUUCUUUUAUCCACCAUUGUAGUUAUUUGUGUCCUUAUUUCAUUUUCAUAUGGAAACUAUAAACUCUGAAGAAAGGGAGAAGUGUAACAAAUUUAUGUGCUGAUUAUUUAUUCACUUAAAAAGCAUUGGUUUUCCUUAAGCUAUGGAUGAGAAUUGAGUUACUAGGGCAUUCAGCAAAUAUGAGGUGGAUUCUAUUAAAUGCUGUUAUAACAU